AUGUCAGCCGGGGACCGGUCCAACAGCCUCCCCAACUACGCCACCGUCAAUGGCAAAGCAUAUUCGCCGCUUGGCAUGUCCAGCCCCAGUGGUGGGAGCGCUGUCGCCUUCUCCCACACCCUGCCGGAUUUCUCCAAGUUCUCCAUGCCAGACAUCAGCCCCGAGACUCGUGCCAACGUCAAGUUUGUGCAGGACACUUCCAAGUACUGGUACAAACCGGAGAUCUCCAGGGAGCAGGCCAUCGCAUUGCUGAAGGACAGAGAGCCGGGGGCUUUCAUCAUCCGAGACAGCCACUCCUUCCGGGGAGCCUACGGCCUCGCCAUGAAAGUAGCUUCUCCGCCUCCCACGGUCAUGCAGCAGAACAAGAAAGGAGACAUGACCAAUGAGCUGGUGAGGCACUUCCUCAUCGAGACCAGCCCGCGGGGUGUGAAACUAAAAGGAUGCCCCAAUGAGCCCAAUUUUGGCUGCCUCUCGGCUCUGGUGUAUCAGCACUCCAUCAUGCCCUUGGCCCUGCCCUGCAAGCUGGUCAUUCCUGACCGAGAUCCCAUGGAGGAAAAGAAAGACACUGCAUCAACCACCAACUCAGCCACCGACCUCCUCAAACAGGGUGCAGCCUGCAACGUCCUCUUCAUCAAUUCGGUGGAGAUGGAGUCGCUGACGGGCCCCCAGGCCAUCGCGAAGGCCGUUGCUGAGACGCUGGUGGCUGACCCCCCACCCACCGCUACCAUUGUCCACUUCAAAGUCUCUGCACAAGGCAUCACCUUAACCGACAACCAGAGGAAAUUAUUCUUCCGAAGACAUUACCCGCUCAACACCGUCACCUUCUGCAACCUGGACCCCCAGGAACGAAAGUGGACUAAAAUUGACGGCAGCGGCCCAGCCAAGCUCUUUGGCUUCGUGGCCAGGAAGCAAGGGAGCACCACAGACAAUGUCUGCCACCUCUUUGCCGAGCUGGACCCGGACCAGCCGGCUGCAGCCAUCGUCAACUUUGUCUCCAGGGUCAUGCUCGGCUCCGGCCAGAAAAGAUGAGCUGGUGCUUGCGGGUCAUUCUUGAAUUUUGGAGAAGGACUUGGAGCUGAUCCGAGAAGGAGUGUGAGGAAGUGCAUUGUGGGAGAGGGAAGUGAAUUGGCGGGGGGAAAAGGGUUGGAAUUUUGGAGGAAAACUGCAAACAACAAAAA